AUGAGUGCUCUUUGGGCUGUUCCAGCACGUGCUCCAGCUAUUCAACCAACGCCAGUGCACGUGGUGCAUGGUGUCACUACAGGCGUGGUGAUCCGACAAACCAUGCCCCAAGCUCCAGUGCCCAUGCCCCAAGCUCAGAGCAUCCAGACGCCGCACAUACCUGUCUAUGCCCCAAUGAUGGGAAAUCCUAGUCCUGACAUAUAUGGAUCUAAUGAAGCAAUGUAUGCUCCGCUAUCGCCAGAUCGCAUCUAUGCCGAGCAUUUCAGAGGGGAGGAAGGAUAUGCACCACGGCAAUUUGCCGCUCAGGCGUGGCAGGAUGUGAGCAACGAGUUCGAGUACUUCGACGGUGACAAUGAUCCGCAGCAGGAGCACUUUCAGCUGGGUGAUGAGGCCGCCAACGUGAAUGGAUCCUGGCGAACCCCUUGGGAAGAUCCUGAUGACAGUGCCGAGAUGCAGUUCUUGGCAUUGCUCGAGUCACUAGAAGCACGCGUAGACUUGAUGUCCCAGAUGCAGCAGACUCGGGCCGCCAUCCAGCAGCAGGCGACAAUUCGAUUGGACUACGACCCCGACGUUGACCCCAACUGUGACCCGGAGCCUGAACCGGGUAACCUCUGGGACAAGAUCAAGGACCAGGACGGCCAUAUCUACCGCUUGAACGAGGAAGUCAGCGGUCUCCGUGAGAGGCUACAAGGCUCUCUGGGCAGCGCUGCGGCAUUGCAUCAUGCAGAGCGUGUGGCGUCAGUGUUGCAGGCAUCUUCUCCUGUGCAGACUCUCAGCAACGACCUGCAUCAAGCGGGUCCACCUUAUGUCCCACUGAAGCAAUCAAACGAGGUCCUCCUGCCGUUUUGUCCGCAGGCCAGCGGCGUCAACUUGGAGAUCUCAGAGGACGGCUACAAAGCCACGCGGUUCCGUGGUUGCAGACAGUCGGUGGCUGUCGGGACCGGGCCAAUCCCACUUCAAGAGCAUGGCCGGUACUUCGAAAUUACUGUGGAAGAGAUAGUUGCGGGCUGGGUUGGAGGCUUGGGCAUCGGAGUUACUUCGUCAACCCCGCAGGGCCUGAAGCGAGUUCCUGACAAAGCCUGGCGCAUCCCCAAGACCAUGGUCAUCGGCUACUGGGGUUGUGUUUUCGUGGAUGGCUGCGAGCAAAGGACCCCGUGGCGCGCAGACAGUCUUCAAAUUGGUGCACGUGUGGGAUUUUUGGUGACGCUCAGCGGAGAUCUUCUUGUCUUCGUGGAUGGGGAGGCUGUGGUGAGAGUAGAUGGAGCUUUUGCACCCCACGAGUUGGAGCCAAACCCAGAGCCUUUGUACCCAGUGGUUGAUGUCUUUGCUGCUACUCGUAUUGUCUCCAUGUCCCCCAGCGCACGUCCUCCUCCUCGCAGCUCGUGGACCUCGCUUCACUCUCCCAUUUCUGCUGCGGCAAUGAGAAAAGCUGCAGCCAAUGGCACUGAACAAAGAGAGGCCUAA